AUGUCCACACUCACGCCAAACAACUACUUGAAGCGUAAGCGAAGUGAUGAAAACUCACCAACGGACCAAGAGAAUGUAAAUCCUAACAAGAAGACUAGUAAAAUCCCAGUACUAAAACACUCUAAUAGCUCCUCCUCUCUCAACUCAUCAACACUUUCCACCAACAAAACCACACCAGUUAAACCAACCUUACCAACAAGAACCAAUUCAAUCCGAGCAAAUGCCACUUCUAAGAUUAAUAUGCCAAAGCCUACAUCUACACCUUCCACUAGAGUCUCACACUAUCAAAAAACUACACCAAAUAGUACAAAUCCAAAUGCCAGACAAUUCGGUUCUGUCUCUGGUAGAAUGCUUGCUCCAGGAAGAACAACCCAACAACAACAGCAGCAACAACAACAACUUCAACAACAAUCGAAGGUUGAACUUGAACAAACCAAGUCUCAACUUUCACUUGUUUCCGAAGAAAAUAACCACCUCAAGACUAAAAUCGAUGAACAAACCAAUCAACUCAAAGAUUUGGGUCAGUUAGAAGAAAGAACAAAGUUCCUCUCCACUCAAGCAAACAAAUUCCAAGAAGAAAACUUCCAAUUGAAGUCUACAGUCACAUCCCAAGAAAUUGAAAUUAGUGCCAUGAAAGGUGUUCAAGAAAGAUUACAAUCUGAUAAUAUUGAUUUGAGAGUUAAAGUCAGCUCUUUGGAAAAGGAAGUCUCAAUGGAAAAGAAGCAAGCAGAAAUGGACAAGGCCACCAUUAAAAUUCAAUACGAAAGUGAGCUUAGAAUUCAAAAAGAAACAUUCGAACAGCAAAUUACUGAAAUUACUGAAAUUAAGGAUAAAGAGCUUUCUCUCACUAAAGACAGACUCACUAGGGAAAUUACCAAGUACAAAACUGAUUUGGAAAAGACUCAAUUUGACUUGAGCUUAUCAGUUGAAGAUGCCAACUCCAAAGCAGAAAAGAUUAGAUCUCUUGAAGAAAUUAUCAGACAACAAGCAGAAGAUAUCAAAUCUCUUGAGAGUAAGAGACAUAAGGAUGAAAAUGAAAGAAGAAGAUUACACAAUCUCAUUCAAGAACUUAAAGGUAAUAUCAGAGUUUAUUGUAGAGUCAAGCCUGCCCAAAACUUGAAAUGUAUAGAUUAUCCAGAAAAUGAUGUUGAUGAAAGAUCCAUCAGUGUUCAAGAGGAAUCCAGAACAUCUGCAACUGGUGCUUCAGUUGAUGGCAAGAAGGCCUUUUUCGAAUUUGACAAGGUAUUCAAACCAAACUCAAAGCAAAGUGAAAUUUUCCACGAAAUUUCUCAACUUGUACAAAGUGCACUUGAUGGUUUCAAGGUUUGUAUCUUUGCCUAUGGUCAAACUGGUUCUGGUAAGACUUUUACUAUGGAAGGUCCACCAAGAGAUGUAAUCUCAAAGCUUGAUAUUGAAUCACAAAAAGAAGUUGUUGGUAUGAUUCCAAGAAGUGUUGACCAAAUCUUUGAAUCAGCUGAAAGACUCAAAGAAAGAGGAUGGACUUUCUCAAUCGUUGCUAGCUUUGUAGAAAUUUACAAUGAAACUAUUAGAGAUUUGUUAGACUCCACAACUAAGGACAAUGUAAAACAUGAAAUUAAGCAUACUAAAGAUGGCUCUACAUCAGUAACUGGUAUCAAAUACGUCAACGUUUCUGGUCCACAACACGUUCAAGAUUUGUUAAAGAUUGCUUCCAAGAAUAGAGCUGUUGCAGCAACUCAAUCAAACGAUAGAUCUAGUAGAUCACAUUCUGUCUUUACUUUGCAAAUUACAGGAAGAAAUGAUAUCACUGAUCAAACAACUCAAGGAGCAUUGAAUUUAGUCGAUUUGGCAGGUAGUGAAAGAAUUGGUACCAGUCAACCAGCUAACGGUGAAAGAGUUAAAGAAACCCAAAACAUUAAUCUCAGUUUGACAUGCUUGAGUAAUGUUGUAAAUGCUCUUUUGAAUAAGUCAUCACAUGUUCCAUACAGAGACUCUAAAUUGACCUACCUCCUUCAAAAUUGUUUAGGCAAAGAUGCCAAGACUUUGAUGUUUGUUAAUAUUGACCCAGAUAAUGUAAAUGAAUCUCUUCAAUCACUUCGUUUUGCUGCUAAGGUAAAUUCAUGUGAAGUUAAUGCCUCAAGAAAGGUAAAGUAG